AAUGAGAUGAAGAAUGAGGAAGACGAGCCCAGCCUCCGGGUAAGAGAGAGGGUAGAAGUCAUUAUCAAAGAGAAGGCUUUCUGUCCAGUUAGUUGGAAGUGGUUGAGUGUAAUUUGUUGAGAAAGCAUUUGUGGAAACAGGAGGGAUGGUGCGCAGCUGUACCGACGGGUGGUUAGCUCGGUUUGUGGAGCGACACCAUUCGGGGCUCAAUUUUGCGCUUUUGGUCGUCGGUUACAUCCUUUACCUCAUCAUCGGGGCCGGGAUCUUCUCCGCCAUCGAGCUGCCCUACGAGGACGAGCUUCGGCGGGAGCUGAGGGCUGCCCGGGAGGACUUCCUGAGCAACAAUACCUGUGUGUCCGACGCGCGCCUGGAGGAGCUCCUGGCUCGCGCGCUGGAGGCCAGCAACUAUGGCGUGUCCGUGCUGGGUAACGACACUCAACGCAACUGGGACUUCGUGUCCUCCCUGUUCUUCACCAGCACCGUGCUGACCACAACAGGUUAUGGUCACACUGUUCCUCUCUCAGAUGAAGGGAAGGCCUUCUGUAUCUUCUACUCCCUGUUUGGCAUCCCUGUUACCCUCUUCUUCCUCUCUGCCAUGGUGCAGAGGAUCAUGGUUGUGGUGACUCGGGGUCCAGUGUCCUACUUCCACCGUCGAUGGGCCAUAUCUAAAUCGAAGCUCGCCGCCAUCCACGCCACCUGUCUCGCCGUAUUAAUGACCCUGCUACUCCUCAUCAUCCCUGCGUGGAUCUUUAUCAACCUGGAGGCGGACUGGAACUUUCUGGAGUCUCUGUAUUUCUGUUUCAUCUCCCUGACAACCAUCGGCCUCGGGGAUUACGUCCCUGGAGAGACCCACAGUAAAGAGGCCAACCCACACCCGCAGCUCUACAGGCUGAUCAUUACAGUCUACUUGCUGCUGGGCUUGGUGUGCGUCCUGGUGGUGCUGGAGACGUGCUGCGAGCUUCCCCAGAUGAUACGCUUCAGGCAGAGGUUCUACCAAGAAAAUGUUCGGGAGCUGGACUCAGAGACCGCCAACAUCAUCGACCAGGAUCAGCUGAGCGACCCCCCGGAUCACAUGACAGAUAACCAACCGGCCAUCCCGUCUGUGUCAGAGCAGGCUGCGUCCUUACGGCAAGGAAGCAAGUCAGUGCCUUACACCCUAGCUUCAGGACCAACUGUUGAUGGAAAACUGAGCUGACAGAUUGUCCUCCACACAUGGUUUUAAGGGACUGGUCUAUGAACUUUUGCCCUACACAUGAUUGCUCAGGGCAUACUGACACUGACUGCUAUCUAAAAGUGUAUAUAUGAGUAAGAAGUCCUGACCAUGCCUGUGUGUGUAUGUCUACAUUUGAUCUGAGUCACUUAAUUGCUUCAAAAGUGAUUAUUUUCUUCAGUGCCAACACCAACACACACUUGCGGUGUAAAAGCAGGAACCACCCACAGAUAAUCAGGAUGGCGUUGUUUUCUUUUUCUCCCCCGUUGCUCCAUUCCCUGCAGAUAAGAGUUUAUAGACGUAUGAUACAGAGGAAGGGCUGGGCCCCUAAACGGAGGGAAACCCCAUGAGUUUCCACUUCCUGCCAAAGUCUUGAAGCUAUAAUUCCAACACAGCACAGUUUGCUCUGGAGGAUUUCACACUCCCUUUCAGCGCAUUAUGUAAUCUAUGGCGGUAUUUGCAUAAGAAAUUUGCCUUCUUGGAAGUCAUAAAGCAAUACCAGGAGAAUGAGGCAUGCCAUCACAUGGCCUAUUGUACAUUAUGUGGAAGUAAAAGAUCAAAUAAUGGCGAGGAAUGUUUUUUUUUUUUUUAAAUCCUGGUUGGUCUCAGGUGAUGACAGGCCUCCAGCUCCUGAUAAGUGUGUUUACAUAGUUCAGUGUGUUAAUUAUACUGCAGUGUGUACCCUUUUACCCCUAGAGGGCAGCACUUUCAUUUCAUAUACAAAAGACAUGUUACUGGGAAUUUACCUCUCAUGCAGCUUCAGAGAAUGUUACGUGAAGACAUGAUUAAGGUCAAGAAUAUGUAAUUGUUACAACUGAGGGUGAGAGAGCAUGGUGUAGAACAAAAAACUUUUUAAUAUCCAUGCACUCUGUCAAAGCCAUCUCUGUUUACAGGAGUGCUAAACCGAAUGUACACUGUAUGGCGGUAAAAGUUUUAUGUAUUUGCAAGUUCUGUUUUAAUUCAUUCGCAAAACAGCUUAAAACUGGUUAAAUCACAAGGACAAGAGGAACUUGACUUGUCUUCCAAAGAUCAUUUUGCUGCUGUUUUCAUUUUCAUUUUGUUGGUUUAUGGGUUUUAAUCAAGAGCAGAACUUGUCAUGGUUGAUUUUAUAGAAAUCCAAUGAUCUUUAAGUAUGAAGUGUAAAUAAAUUGUGCAACCACAAA